AUGGGCGCAACACUAUGCGUCGAAGCAACGCUACCAUACUACUUCGACCCGGAUAGUUCGGCAAAUGCGCACGCCCUCCGCAGCGCCGUCGCUAUGUACUUUGUCUUCUCUCUCUUUUUCACACCCCUCGGUGUGUUGUCGUGGAUAUACCCCGCAGAGAUCUUCAGCACGCCCAUCCGGGCCCGCGGAACCUCCGUCAGUACAUUCGUCAACUGGUCAUUCAAUCUGCUGUUCGCACAGUGUGCACCAAUUGGACUGUCAAGGUUGGAAUAUCGAUUCUUUUAUUUCUUUAUGGCGUUUAACUGGGUUGGAGCAGCGAUGGUUUGGUUGUGGUAUCCGGAAACCGUAGGGAAGACGCUGGAGGAAGUAGAAGACGUGUUUAGAGAUGGAAAUUUAACAUCGAGGGUGACUGGCGUGGCAAAUGGGCUUACCCCUGGUAACAGUGGUGGUGAGGAAGCCUCGGUGUCUCCCGCUGGAGGACCUGUACAGGAGACGAAAGGAGCCGUGUAA